UGCCUCAGUGGCAAUGCAUUAAGAAAGCUGUGUAGCGAAUUCACGCUUUACAACAAUGGGGUUCAGUCAGCUUGCAGCGUUUGUGUCUUUGCUUGCAUGCGUCAGGCUUAGUGAUGCUCGAUCCCUCGGUUUGAAAAUGCCAACAUACUGGGGAGUCAGUGCACAGAAGCCUGCUGAGGUGGAAACUGGGACAGUAGCAGAACCUGAGAGAGACCACUCCAGAGAGUCUGCUCAACUAUCUGGCAGUUUCCAGUCAAAGCAGUUUCAACAAAGCGCUCAACCACUCCCGUGGACAUUUCCUGAAGAUCCAGUGUCUGAGACCAAGGUUCCUUUAAAGUUUGAACUGCGGCAGCCAGUGACUGCCAACAGUGUUGCUGUGCGGUGUGGGGAAAGUGCCGUCCAAGUGGAAGUCAAUCAGGACCUACUUGGCAUUGGCCAGCUGAUAAAAUCAGAGGAAAUCACGCUUGGUGGUUGCUCAGCCACUGAGAUAGAUGAUGACGCUCAUGUGCUGAUUUUCAAAUCUGAGUUGCAUGAGUGUGGCAGCACAGUUGUGAUGACAGAGAAUGCGUUCAUUUAUGCCUUCACGCUGGUCUACAACCCCAAAGUGCUGGGCAAAACCAAUAUCAUAAGGAGCAGGAGUGCUGUGAUUGGAAUUGAGUGCCACUUUCCAAGGAGGCUAAGUGUGAGCACCAGUCCUCCAAAUCCUGUCUGGAUGUCAAAUAAAGAUACAAAGGUGGUUGAGGAACAGCUUUCUUUCUCCCUGCAACGCAUGACUGAUGACUGGAAGUCUGAAAGACCCUCCAACAAGUACGUCUUAGGAGAUGUCCUCAACGUGGAGGCGUCAGUUGUUUCAAACAAAUACACACCCCUCAGGGUCUUGGUGGACCGCUGUGUUGCUACUUUGAAGCCGGACAUCACUUCUGACCCAAGACACUUUCUCAUCAGCAACCAUGGUUGUCUGAUGGAUACAAGGCUCACAGGUUCCAGGUCUCGGUUCCUGGCCCAGUCUCAGCCUGACAAGCUCCAGUUUCAAAUAGAGACCUUCAGGUUUCGCCAACAAAGGACCGCCUCGUUCCAGCAGAUCUACAUCACUUGCGACUUGAAGGCCCUUCCAGCUUCCUCAUCAGUUACCACUGAGCACAAGACGUGUUCCUUUGACAAGGGUAGGUGGAAGGCAGUUGGUGGAGAGGACCAGUUUUGUUCCUGUUGUGAAUCAAGCUGUGGAAUGAGGAAGGCUAGACGCCAGAAUGCAGAUACAGAGGAGCAGUGGCAAGCAACAAUAACCCUGGACCCCAUUGUUGUUGAAGAAUAAUUUGUGUAAAAAUAAAAGGUAUAUUUUUUUAACUAAUAGUUUUUUUUUUUUUUUAAUGGGGCGGUGAUGGGUAAGAAUGAGAAAUGCUGGUAACAGACGAAAGUGAUGAAUA